AGCCCUGGAGGAAAGUAUUGGCUGUAAGAAGGAAGAGAAAACAGAACAUCUGGUUGUUUUUAAAUUACUUCUUAUGACUUUGUUUGCCAGAUUCAACAAUGUAAUGAAUACUUUCCCAUUCUACGUUACCCACUCCAGCCAGCAGACGGCGAUGUGAGUAUUACAGGUGAUGCUUCUUGCGUGACGUAUAAUCUAGUGGACGGGACGGGAGGUUUCUUCAACAGCGACAACAGACUACUGAUUCAACCCCGCGGUGGUUUGCAAGUGAAUUUAAACCCAAAACAUUGAAGGGCUUUAGACCAAUCUUGUGUAUUUUACUCCUAGUGUUUUGAACACAAUUCUGCUUACUUAUCUACUAGUUCAUUUAAACGUAAUUUGCUUGUUAAAUUAGCAAAUGUGUUAAAUAUAUAAUGUACUAGGCUAAUCGCCCGGACCUUGAGGCCACUCAGCUAGACAGACAGAAGCUCUGGUGAAAGGAGAGGAAGAAGCUUUCAGAAUGGAAGAGGAGGCUAUCACAUUGAAAGAAGAAGAGGAUGAUAAUACAGUGAAAGAGGAAGAUGGGUAAGAGGUUGUCAAAGUGGAAGAGGAAGAGGUAGAUGCUUUCAGAAUCAAAAAGGAGGAAGAUGCCGUAAUAUUGAAAGAAGUGGAAGAACCUUUUGGAGUAAAAGAGGAAGAGGAGGCUAUCUCAAUUAAAGAGGAGGAAGACGUUUUGGGAGUGAAAAAGGAGGAGAAGACUGAUGAUCCGAUUAACACCAGAGAGAGACAUGACUAUUGUGGAUCCUCUGGGGAGCCUCAACAACAUCCUGAUGCUGACGAGUCAGAGAAGAGUCUCUCCAGAUUAGAACACCAGAUGGACAACGCUAGCCCUUCCUCCCUCCCGGAGUCCCCAUGUCGUGCCUCUCCCGGUAGCGCCUUACUGCUGGGUAUGAAGAGGUUGUCUGUGCAGCUGGUGGACUGCAGGAAAACAACGGGGCUGAGUGGAACUGUGAGAGGAAGAGAAGAGAAGAAAGGAUCAGAUUUGACUCAUCAAGACAUUGACCAGGAGAGUGACACAGAAGGAAUGGAUGAGGACUCUGUGAGUGACCACAGUUAUGAUUCCAGCGCGGAAGAAAUGUUUUUGGAAGGAAAAGAUCCACUUUUAGAUCAUGCCAGGGACUCGGAUGAACAAUGGGAACCCACAAUGUCAAGGUGUCCAUCCCCCACUAACUCAGACGCUGAAGCUGGUUCAUCCAGCCGGACCCCUGCUGUCUCCUGCUCCACACCUUCCCCCGCCCGGCCAUCUAGAGGUGUGAAGAGGCCAGCCCAGAAGCGGACGAGGGCCAGUGAACCAGCGGCAACUACCACCGAGGCAGAGGACCGUUGGCACACUGUGCUAGAAGAUGAUGUGGAGCCACUUCCACCAACAUUUAGACCGAAAAGGCAGCCAGGACCUCAGCUGGACAAGACUGUAAAGUACAGCCCCCUUCAUCUUUUCCAGAUGUUUUUCUCCUUGUUAGUUCUUGAUUCGCUGGUUUCUAACACCAACAAGUAUGGGGCUAAGACACAAGCAGGCAAGAAAGAGGCAUGGAACCCCAUUUCCGUCCAAGACCUGUACUGUUACAUCUCACUGGUUAUUUACAUGGGGUUUGUGAAGUGUAAAAACCUCAAGGACUACUGGAGAACGUCAACACUCUACCAACUGCCUUUCCCCUCCACUGUCAUGUCUUCUAAAAGGUUUCUGACUAUCUCGCAGGCGCUUCAUAUCAGUGACCCACAAGUUGAUGAGGACAAUGACAAGAAGAGAGGCACAGCAAGCUUUGAUAGGCUCUGCAAAAUCAAACCUCUCUACCCCAGCAUGGUUGAGGCUUGCAAGACCCAUUUUCAACCCAACCAGAACCUGUCCAUAGAUGAGAGGAUGGUAGCCUCAAAGGCUGGAAUUGGCCUCAAACAAUAUAUGAGUAACAAGCCAACAAAAGGGGGGUACAAACUGUUUGUUUUGGACGAUUCUGUGUGUGCCUACAAUUGGAAUUGUUUUGUUUAUGAGGGGGAAUCCAUCUCAGCCACCGGUAAGGGACUUAGUUAUGAUUCCGUUAUGGAAUUAUUAGAUUUUCAACUGCUGGGGACGGGCUACAAACUGUUUGUGGACAACUUCUACACAAGCCCUACCCUGUUCACAGACCUGAGGAAGCUGAAUGUGUGGGCUUGUGGCACCAUUCGUCCCAACAGAGUGGGUUUUCCCAAAACAAAAGUCAACGACAUGCCAAAGCGGGCUGAUAGGGGUACCAUGCGAUGGAUUCGUAAAGAUGACCUGCUCUUUGUAAAGUGGAUGGAUACCAGAGAGGUGGUCAUGUGCUCCAGUAUCCACAAAUCGUACAGUGGCGAUCACGUCGUCAGGCGUGUGAAGGACGCUAAUGGGGAACAGACCACUAAAAAUGUCCCCAUUCCUGCUGCUGUGAAGGAUUACAACAAGAGCAUGGGAGGUGUGGACCUGUCAGACACUCUGAUAGGCUACUACAAUGUUCUCCACAAGACAACGAAAUGGUACAGAACAUUGUUUUAUCAUUUCAUCGACAUUGCUGUGGUGAAUGCAUUCGUCCUCCAGAAGGAAAUGGCUCAGAGCUGGGGACAGACCUCCAUGACACAGCUAGCCUUCAGAAAGCUGCUCAUCCAGGAGCUUGCUGGCUACGGCACAAAGUCCACUGCAGCACCUUCUGCCCCCUCUACCUCUGUCCCUUCUGCUCAUGCCACCAGUGGUGUUCACAUGGCCAAAUUCAUAACUGCAGGCAUGAAUGUGCCUCGGGGCCAAAAGGCCACAGCAUGGAGGCGUCGUUGUGUUCUUUGUCGCAUGAAGUCCUCCAUCACCUGCACGACUUGUUCGGUUUGCCUCUGCUUUACAGCAGAAAGAGACUGCUUUGGGACUUGGCAUCAGCAGCAUAAUAUUGUGUAGAGGACUGAGGAUCUCCCAAAUACUGUCAUUCUAAAGUUGUUUUAUUUUAUUUUUUACUUUGUGUGGUUUGUGGUGUUGUUCAACAGUGACAUUGGAUCCCUGUGGGCUGCUAACUUGGCCCUUAAAUGUUUCACUUCUGUGUUUGGAGAUAUUGGAUCAGCAUUCUUGUCACAUUUCCCGUUAGUACCUUUUAUGUAGGGAAGCUAAUGAUCCAUCAUUUAUGACAUUCCUGGGAGUGUGUAGACUAAGCAUUUUUGUAUUUUCUAUGUAGUUAUUUUCUUGAAAAAAAUCAAUUCGGCCAUUUGGGCAACUCGUGUGGGACACCUGGGUGACUUCAUACUAAAUGUCAUGUAACUCGCUCAUUCUUGACGUUAUCAGUUUGACUUUGCACAUGUACUGUUGCCCUGUUGUGGACAACAUAUAAAUGACCCCCAGCGUCCUAUAUCAAUGUAUGUCCUUUUGCAUUUCAAAGAUUAUCAAAUAAAAAUUGAAAACAUG